UCCUCCUGUGAGUUAUAAACCCUUUUCUGUUCUCCACCAUUUCAUGCACACCUACUACUUUACUGCCUCUUCUCUCUUCUCUUCUUUCUACAAUGGAACCUCAACAACAGGCGCAGGCAAAUGAAGAUAUCGGUAGUAGUAGCAAUAAUAGCAAAGGAGGCAACAACAACAACAACAACAACUUCCUAUGCAGGCAGAGUAGCUCAAGGUGGACACCCACAAGUGAGCAGAUAAGAAUAUUGAAGGAGCUUUACUACAACAAUGGAAUUAGGUCUCCAAGUGCUGAACAGAUACAGAAGAUCUCAGCUCGUCUAAGACAGUAUGGGAAGAUCGAGGGUAAGAAUGUCUUUUAUUGGUUUCAGAACCAUAAAGCUCGUGAAAGACAGAAGAAAAGAUUCACAGUUGAUCAUAUGUCCAUGCAAAGAGGAGGAGGAGGUGGAGGAGGAGGAGGAGCCACCUCUGUUGGUGGUGGGGUGUGGAAGUCAUCCACUCCUGGGGUAUGUUCUCCUUCAGCUCCUUCACUUGGUGGGUCUAUGAUAAAGAACAACCACCUUGCUGGAUGGGUGGGCGUGGAUCCAUAUUCUUCAACCUACACAGUCUACGACAAGAGAAGAUCGUUUUAUGGAGAGGAGGAGGUUGAAGAUCAAGGAGGUGAUAAUGGUCGUCCUUGUAACCCCAUCGAAACGCUGCCUCUCUUCCCCGUGCACGGAGAAAACAUCGGAGGUGGUGGAUUCUGCUCGGCCAAGUACUCCAAUAUCUCCAAUUCCGCCGCUUGGAACUACACCGGAUGGUAUGGAGGUGGAGCACCUAACAACAAUGACAAUGGAAAUGGUGGGUGUUCUCGAACGUCGCUUGAGCUCAGCCUCAACUCCUACACCCCAACAUCGCCGGAUUCUUCCUGAAUUCGCCGGAAAAUUCUCAUA